AUGCGUCUUGGUUUGAAACUCAAAAAAGAAUCAAAACCUCCUUAAGAAUAACAAUAAGAGUAACCUACUUAAGAAUUCAAAUUUGAUUUUGUUUUCUUUAAUUCUAAUUCAUAAUCACAAUUUGAUAAUCAAGAUUCAAAAUAAUUUAAGUUAAUUGUCUAAAAAAAAAAUACUAAAGAAUAAAUGAUAAUAUAAAAAGAUUAUAUUUAUAUAGGAGAAACUUAUAAUAAUAAAAUGCAUGGAAAUGGUAAAAUCUAUAUAAAAUAAUAUGAUGCUUAUUGCAAUAAUAAUUAUUUUGUUUUUGAAGGUUAAUUUUAAAAUGACUAAAUCGAUGGAAAAGGUACAGAGUAUUAUGGAAAAACUAAUAAUAAAAAGGUAGAUGGAAUUUUCUAAAAGUUGUCCUUAAUUGAAAAAUUCUAAGAAUAUAAUUAAGAUGGAACCAUACUGAUUAAAUAACAAAAUUUACAAUAAUCAAUGUUACAAUAAUCCUUUAUUUAAGAAGAUAGAACUAAUAACAAAAUGUUUAGAAUCAAAUCUGGAGUUAAAUAAACACAACAAUAAAUCUAAUCAUAAAAACCAUAAGUAAAAUAGAAUGACAAAUGGACUAAAUUUGAUGUUGAAUUGAGUAAAGACCAUCUCUCUUCUCUUUUAUCAGAAAAAGCCAUAAAUGAUUCAAUUAUAGAGGCAUAUCUUAAUUAUAUUAAUUAUAUGGAUUCAGAAAAAUUCUUUAAUCUAAAGUCAUUACCUGAAAUAUAAGCAUAUAAAAGAACUCUUAUUAUUCCUUAUUUCUUAUUCGAAUAGUAAAAAUUAGAUGUACUCACUUAUUUUGCUGAAUUUUCUUAUAUUAAAGGUUAAUUUUGGUAAGUUUAUCAAUAAAUAUUUACCAUUGUUAAUUCUAAUGGACAUUGGAUUCUAUUAGAAAUACUUUUUGAAGGUUAAGAUAUAAAAAUGAAAGUUUAUGAUAGUUGUUCUAAAAAAAAAGCAAUAUUUUAUGUUACUAUCUGCAAACAUAUAUGGAAUAUGAUUGAACCACUAGUCAAAUAACAUAAUUUGUCAAUCUCUUGGAAAUCUAAAGAUAUUAUUGUGGCUGAAUGUCCAUAAUUAUAAUAACCAAACGAUUCUGGUAUAUUCAUCUGUGCUUAUUUAAAAUAUUUGAUUUCAAAUAUUAGUUUAGAUUAAAUUACCUAGGAAGUUAUUAGUAAUAUAAGAAAAACAGAAUUAUUUAAUAUUGUAAAAAAGGAAAAAUGAA